UAUUUUUAAUUAAAAAAAAAUAUUCCAAAAAAUGUGUGUCCUUCUCCUAAACCCUUCUUCUACCUCCAUCGCCAUUCGUUCUGCAACCAGAAAAUCAAUCGAGAAGAAGCCAACGAGCUGAAGAAGGCUUCACCUUCCAAAAAUGGUGCACAAACCGUGGAGAAUAAUACCGAGGCCCUUGCUCGAAACGGUCCUCAACAAUCAUUCACAGCACCACCGCGUCCCUCAACCUUUGAUACUUCAUGGCCCCAGAGGCGUCGGGAAAACCACUCUCAUUCUCGAACGUCUUCUGGCUGACUGGAAUAAAGGCCCCCACUUAUCUGGAUAUGUGGAUUUUGCUGAAACUAUUAAAGAUCAUCACCCACUUCACGGCCAAUCGUUUCCCUGGGCGUCGUGGUCGAAUUGUCCGUCGCCAUUAGUGUCGGAUUGCAGAAUUAAACUGGAAAGUUGCCUUGAAUCCAUGGCUGAGAAGGGCGUCAAAUUAGGCAGUAUAACAUCCCAUCAAAUAUUCACCACCAUGAACAAGUGGCACGGCCUGAAUACAGCCCUUCGCCGCGUACUUCAUGGGGAUAAUGCUUCGAAAAGUUUUGUUUCGCGCAGAGCGUCAAGCUCGGCUCUGUGGGAUCAAGCAGUUUUUGCACUGUCUGCUCGAUGUAAUGCCGCUGAGGUUGAUGGGGUUUUAGGAUUGGGUGAUGAAGGGAGGACUUUAUCAAUUGAAGAAGCUUCUUAUUUUAGAGAGUCUAUUAUGGCGCUGAGAUUGGCCAAGGAGGUGAUCAAAAUUCAGCAUGGGUGGCGAGCUAAAGCUAUUGCUGAUCUGAAUCGGACGCGUAGUUUUUCAUCGUCAUUGGCACAUUCCUGUACUGAUUGGCCUUGUUUGUUGAUAGAAUUGCUGUCACAAGCCGCUGAAAUCGACCAUUUUCAGCCAAAAUUAAUUAUUAACAAUAUAGACGUGUUGCGAAAUGCAAGUUUAUCGGAUGACGAUACAUCGGUCUGUGGAUCAAUGUAUCAUGACAGCCUAGUGUGGAGAAUAAUUUCCCUAGGGGCAAAUGAAAGGUGUCUUCCUGUUAUACUUGUAACGUCAGAUAGCUACUAUUCGUACCGUGCUUACAUGGAUUUUGGAUUUCCAGAUAUAUUUAUCUCACGUGAGACCUUUGGGUGGACUCCCCAAGAGGCUAAACUGCAUAUGGUUCCUGAUUAUUUCAGCAAUGCAGAGUGGAAGCUGAUUGCUGAGGUGCUUGGCCCAAACCCUCGACACUUAUUUGAGCUUUAUGCUCUGAAACAAAGCAACUACUUUAACAAAACGGCAACGGAUCAUAAUUUUGGCACAAUCGAGGAUAUAGUAGAUGCAUACUUGGCAUACUUGCAAGUGACAGUGGUAAAUCCUGCCAUGGAUAGAGCGCUAGCACUCCUGCAAAAACGUGUUAUUGAUGUGCAAAAUGGAUUGGUUUCAAAAGAUAGAUUACGAUUUGGUGCACCUUGGAGGCAUCCUCCUCAGAGUGACGAUCCACGUUUGAGCUUGGACUGGGCAAAGAUUCAGCUGAUGGAUUUUGUGCAUUCUCUUGUGGAUGCAGAAUUUGGGGUGAACUAUCUUGCCGACUGUAGCCUUGAGAUUUUUGAUGAUCCUUCUGCUGUUGCCUUGGCUGAGGUUGGUUUGCUUUAUGCACAACGGGAUCCGUCCUUCAUGCGACCAAUAUCUAGAGGGAUUCAAAGAUGUCUAGUGCGAUGGCUUGUCCAACAGCAAUUUCAACUUAGUUCCAGAUGUCGUCUUCAGUAUCUCUGGCAGAGAAUUAUACGUGGACGUAGCUAUCGCCAUCUGAUGUUACAAGUGGGAUAUAAAUAGACCCUGUAAUAAGGUAUUCUUUAACAAUGGCAUAUUCAGAAGAGGGCAGGAAGUUACACCUGAGGGUUUUUAUUACAGAAAUGUACGGAUAGGUUUAGGGACUGACAUAAUAAUUUCAAUAUAAGGAACAGAGCUUCCAGGUGCAGCUGUGAUACUAACGUGUGGAGUAUUUAUUCAAUUUUCGAACUGGAAGGUUUUCAUUGUAAUCUGUGUAUUCAAGAAUUUUUAGAAUCGUAGAUAAAUAUCUGUAGACAUUCAUUAUGGGGGCAUAAUAAGAGAAAAGUGGCCUUUUCUUGGGAAGGGAGGUAAAGAUCAAUAUGGGAUUGGUUGAAUAUGCAUUUUCUUUUCAUAGAAAUGAAAUUACUUGAAAGAUGUGCAAAGAAACAGCUUUUUUGGAGCAAC